AUGGGCGCCGCUAUUCCCCCAAUCACUGGCAUGCUCCGCCGUGGCCUCGUCCUGGACCUGAGCACCGCUUUCGCCCAGUUCGGCAAUGCGCACCUGCACACUGAAAUCACUUAUUGGAAGACGCUCUACAACCGAAAGCGCCCGACUAACCUCCGACCUCGAAAUCUAGGCUUCGGCACCACCUUCGGUUACCUUUGGUGGUACGAAUCUCAUUACCUCUUCCAUCCAGGCUACCACUUGCCUCGUGUUCGCGAGCGUGAUACCUUCUACGCCCGCCUCGAGCAGGAGCGCGCUGCUCAGCGCAGUUAA